UACGAAGGCAAUGUCACGCUGAUAAAAUGGAUGGUCUACUUAUAGCUGUUAAGACAGUCAAUCACGACCAACAACCAGCUUUGUCGCCUGCUGGGGAGGGAUCGUAUCUAGCCACGACAUCUGACGGGCGUGAUGCCCGGCCCAAAGCCGAUCUCCCCGGGGACGCAACAUCGUCAGAUCACAUCUUGGCCGUCUUGAAGUCAAAGCCCGACCAAGACGAACUUGCUCAGGUCCUUGCCAUUCUAGAUCCAUCAAAUAAAACUGCAGCUCCAGAUGGUUUUGACAUUCGAGUCCCGCGCCCAGUAACAGCGCAGAUCCUCAAUGCAUUGGUGAACAUUACAAUUCCUGACCAUUGGGACUCUCUUGAUGCACGUUCUCGGGGCUCUAAAUCAUGGAAUAAGAAGUUACGGGCUGCUCUGCUAAGGUGUCUUAGCAGCAUUGCAGGUAUCAGCUGCUUGGUGGCCCAGCUUCGUUCUCUCAUAACUGCGUGCCGUUCAUCGGCUCAGCAUUCGAAAUCAUCGGGCCAAAAUAUACAGCUUCGGGACAUCCUUGCAGUCAUCUCCGCCCUGUUGGAGCCGAGUGAUUUUGCUUUUCGUCUCCAUGCGGACAUUGAGAGUCUGUACAGCAAUGCGACACAGAAGCAAGUGGCCUGGAGAGAACUGCUCUCACUAAUUGCAGCCAGUAGAGUUUUGUCCACGGCGGCGGAAGCACUUACUUUGGUAUCUGAGCUUGACGGACUUGCUACAAUCUCAUGGGUUGGAGACGGUUCAAAGUAUGCGUCCUGGAUGGGCUCGAAUGUCUGCCACAUGGCUUCGAAGAUUGCUCCCGAUGAUGAGGAGACUUGGAAAGCUGUGGCUUUGUUGGCCGGAAGAUCGCUAAGCCUGGGAUAUACAGAUCAAUUGGUCAGAGAAAUUUACACUGGGCUCAUUGUUCAGCAAGCCAAUCUCAAACAAUACGGCGCGCUUUUUGACCAUCUCCGGCCAACAGAGCAGCUGGCAAUGCUCGAAGCUGUCUUUCGGGAUGUCGAGCGGAGGCACUUCUCGGGUGAAAUUCCUGGUGACAAAGCCAGCAGCACGUCAGGCCAGACGAUCAGUAGCGUGGCGGCUUUGUGUUCAGUUCUCAUCUCAAAGCGGCCACAUCUGCAGGGUCAGCUUAUUGACUGGCUAUCCAAAGGCCAGGGCGGUUCAAUCAAUACUGUAGGGCUCCGCCGUGCUUUACUGGCGGUUUUGGCGCAAGAAGAAGACUUGAUAAAUUCUCUGAUUAGAAAGAGUAUGGAUCAAUCGGGCGACAAGUUUUACAUCAAGCACGCCCCAAUCAGAUGUCAAGAAGCCAACACCCAAAUCAUCCUUCUAACGGCGGGCUAUCUCCGGCACCUUGAUCCGGCCGCAAUGCACUUCAUCGGACGCUCUGGAAUCUUUCUCAAUAUGGUUUCAAACCGUCUAGCGGCCUCUUCCCCACGGGCUCGCUUCCUCGGUAUGCUGAUUGGCACCGCAAUUUCGGAGAUCAUCGAACAGCAGGGCAAGGGAAUGAAGUUCGAUCUUGAAGAGAUGGAAAGCGAUGAAGCAUUAUGGUACCUUGCCCUCGCUAAAACGAACGAUAGCAUUGGUCCUGCUGAAUCGAUUCAAUCGCUGAAAGAACCCGCAAAACCGACUGAAACGCAGACGAAGAAGCAACCCACCUCCCGGGCCAGCACGUCAAAGCAGCCGAAUAUCAGAGCAGCGAAGAUCGUUGCUAUAGAAGAGAUCAACGACUCGGAGGAUGAGGACGAGGAAGACGAAGAUCUCAUCCCAUAUGAGAAGCCGGAUGAAGACGCUUCAGAUUCUGACGAUGACCCUACCUUAGCCCAGCGCAACAAACCCACUGCACCAGUAUAUAUCCACGACCUCAUAAACUAUCUCCGCGACACCGAGAAUACCGAACGCUGGGAGCUGGCCCUUACCACUGCCCCCUCCUUGAUCCGACGCAAGACCGGCUUCGGAACAGAGCUUGCAGAGAACCUAGAAGAACUAGCUCUCAUAAUCGUGGGCUUACAAGAACAUGGAAAGAUCCUCAAAUUCCACGAAUACCAACUCCAAAGCAUGAUCGCCCUGAUUGUAUCCCAGCCCCUUAAAAUGGGCCACUGGUUCUCGGCCAUCUUCUUCGAUGGAGACCUAUCUCAACCCCAACGCUCUGCAAUCCUCACAGCCCUAGGUCUCAGCGCUCGCGAACUCGGCGGAAACGGCGAAGCAGACGCAAAAGCCCUAGGCCUUCCCAGCCUCACCGACGCUUCAUUCCCAUCCAAAAAGCUCCCCAACACCCUCGAAGCCCUAUACCUCCCCGAGACCGAAUCCCCCAUCGCCAGCCUAACCAAGCAACUAUCACGCGCCUCCCUCGAACCACUCGCCGCCAACGCCUCAGACACUCUCUCCGGCCCCAACGCCCUCAAAGUCCGCACCUUCUCCUCACGAAUGGAAGUCGAAAAGAAGCGCCAGCAGCGCGAAGCCCAACGCCAGAAAUCCACCGCCAAAGACCUCUACAAAGUCCUCGCAGACGGAUUCUUCUACCCCCUCAAAGGCCGUUUCGAAAUGAUGAUGAUGCAAUUCUCCUCUUCCACUGCCCCCAACUACAACCCCUUCUACACCCCCCACCUCCUCACCCUCUUCAUCCAAACCCUCACCCUGACCCUCUCAACCAUGGGUCCCCACACCCCGCACCUCCCAGCCCUCACCCACGAAACCCUCACUUUCCUUCUCUCUCUCCACGCCCGUCCCAUCUCCGACGACCCGGGCAUUCUCUCCGCCCUUCUAUCGCUGUUCCUCGCGGCUGUAGACCUCAACGUCGCAUCCGGAACAUCCGGAGAAGAGCGACUGGUUACUGAGUUCGCUACGCAAGUCAUGGAGUUGCGCGAGUGGGUAGGGGAGAUAUUUGAUCGGACGCCGCCGGUACAGGAUGCCAGUGAUCCACGGGAACAGGUGAGGACGUUGGCUGCGGGGGUGAUGGUGAAGUUGGGGGAGGUGAUGGAGAGGUAUCAGGGUAGGUUGAUGGGGGUGGGGUCUGGGUUUAGGUAUUAAGUCACCUUUGUUUUCUUUGGUUAUUGGAUGGAGUGCCGUGUGUAGUAGACUUGGAAGGGAUAAGUUGU